UUCGAAUGUGUGAAGGUGAUUAUUAGGAGCGACUGAUGAUUACAACGUGCAGUGAUUAAUUGUCUUGAUUUUCUCUCUGUUCGCUCGGAAAGUAAAGGAAUCGAGUUGUAAAGGUGCAACUGUAUUUUCGCUGAACGUUGCUGCAGCGAAUGUGGCGCGAAAAUGAACGUCGAUUCGAACGACUCAAGCGCGAGUGAUCGACACGCGUGACACGGAAUGAUAUCGACGUCGAUGGAAAGAGAAGAUACGAGGAUAAAAGUGCGAACGAACGAUCCGUGGCGAAUCAACGAACGCCGGAACAGUGAGAUCGGCGUGAAAACGUCAGUCACGAUCGUCCUGGACCGAAGACUAGUUUAAGAAUUUCGCUUUCCCGUUGAUAUAUGAUUCGCGAGUGCGUGAAUGGUUGCCUUUGUUUCAACGAUAUCUCGAAUUGCGGAUAUUCUCGUGAAUCAUGGCCGUUCGAAUGCACCGAUAUUUUUUAAUGUUUCGACGUCUCCUCCUUGUCUUGUUGGUUCUGUGGAAUCUGGACGCCGCGCACGCCGCCCGUGGAUUUAGACACAGCAUCAAGCACGGUUCGUCUGGACUGUAUGGCGGGAGCAAAAGCUUGAAGAAUAGUGGCCUCUUUCCAUCGACUUUUAACGUCGCCGCAAAGGCAAAUGUUUAUGUGAACGCAACCUGCGGUGAAGAGGGACCAGAGACAUUUUGCAAACCCUCCGAAUCAUCAAGAUGCGCGGUUUGCGACGCGAGGAGUCCCGAUCCCGGCAAAAGGCAUAAUAUUACCAACAUCCUGGACUCGAAUCCUGGAAGGUGGUGGCAGAGUCCCACGCUUGCAAGAGGGGACCAAUUCGAGUAUAUAACUAUAGUUUUGGAUCUUAAACAGGUGUAUCAGGUGGAAUACGUGAUAGUGAAAGCAGCGAAUUCACCACGACCGGCAGCUUGGAUUUUGGAGAGAUCCCUCGACGGUGAACACUUUCAACCAUGGCAGUAUUACGCGCCGAGCGACGAAGAAUGUUGGUCGCGGUAUUCCGCGCCGCCAGUUUCCGGAAAACCCGUUUACAUCGGUGACGACGAAGUCAUAUGCACCAGCCUUUACUCCAGACAAACGCCUAUGGAAAACGGAGAGAUCCAUACUCAUCUGGUGAACGGCAGACCUGGUGCCCUGAAUCACAGCACGACCCUUCAAGAAUUCACUAAAGCUAAAUACGUACGACUACGACUUCAGGGUCUUCGACGUAACGGGGAAGCGAUCGUGGACAAAAAACGAGCAUUUUACUCGAUAAAGGAAAUUAAUAUCGGUGGAAGAUGCUUGUGUUCCGGACACGCGGCUCGAUGUCGGUACAGCGUUCAGCAUGGGCGACCAGUUACGCGAAAGAUUGACAAGGUUCCAUUAAGAAGUGGUAUUGUUUCUCAGCAUCAAGAAUGCGAAUGCGAGCGCCACACGUGCGGUGAAAGAUGCGAAAAAUGCUGUCCCAUGUACAAUCAGAUUCCGUGGAAACCUGGCACAGCUGCGAAGGGCUUUCACUGUGAGAAAUGCAACUGCAAUGGACAUGCAACCUCAUGCAGAUAUGAUCAGGAAGUGGCCGAUGGAAGAAUGUCCAUGGACAUUCGUGGGAAAUUUCGUGGCGGUGGUGUCUGCAUUAAUUGCACAGAGCACACAGCUGGUAUUAAUUGUGAUAAGUGUCAAGAUGGAUAUUACAGGCCAAACGGUGUUGCCCCUGAUGCACCUGAACCAUGUUUACCAUGCAACUGCAACGUACAUGGUAGCACAGGGUACUGCACUCCCGAUGACUCCUUCACGCACAUGGGAAAGGUAGCAGGUGCGUGCGAUUGCAAACCUGGCUAUUCCGGCUACAAAUGCGACCAGUGCGCUGCUGGUUAUCGUCAGUUCCCCGACUGUAUGCCCUGCCCGUGCGAUUCCCGUGGGAUUCUUCCAUCUCACGACUGCGAAGGGGACUGUCUCUGCAAGGCAAACGUCGCAGGCGAAUUCUGCGACAAAUGCAAGCCGGGAUACUUCGCCCUGACUAAAGAGAAUCUCGACGGUUGCGUUCCGUGUUACUGUUUCGGAGUCAGCGACCGUUGCAGCGUAGCGAAACUGAGUUACUCCGCGGUGUCGUCUUUGGAAAAUUGGCUAGUCACCGACGUGAACGCAUCCCGUGCCAUUGUCCCCGUUUUGGACACGGAUAAUGGUUGGCUGACGGUGGCAGCCUUUGAGGUCGAGUACGAUAGUCCUUUCUGGUUGGCCCCGCCAAUUUAUUGCGGCAAUCGUCUCUCGUCUUACGGCAGCAAUAUUACUUACUCUGUCACCUGGGUCGUUAUGCGCGGUGACACCAGUGGAAAUCCAACCGCAGGACCCAACCUUAUUCUAGUUGGUAAUAACGGCAUGCGGAUAGCUUACGGCGAGGAACAAUAUAAUGGCCAGGAAGCGGAGAUCAGCGUUCCUCUGCGCGAAAACGGCUGGUAUCACGUACGCAGCGAGGUUCAAGAUAUUCCUACCAAAUUAAGGAGAACCGAAUUUCGAGGAGAUCCUGUUACGAGGGUACAAAUGCUGCGUGUUCUUGCAGAUUUGAAGUACCUAAUGAUAAGGGCGCAGUAUCACUCUGUCCAGAUCGAAGGAAGUCUCCAGUUUGCAGUGCUGUCGACAGGAGCAAUCUCGGCUAACGGAGAGAACAAUAGCUUAGUCGAGUUGUGCGAGUGUCCCGAAGGAUACACAGGACUCUCCUGCGAGGAUUGCGAGUGGGGAUACGUGAAAGUGUUAAAGAACGGGACGGAUCAUCGGGACCAACACAUGUGCGUCAAGUGCGAUUGCAAUGGACAUGCAAAUACUUGUGAUCUCGUGUUGGGAGAAUGUACGACUUGCGAGCACGAUACCGUGGGGCCUAAAUGUGACCGUUGCGCUCUCGGUUUCUAUGGUAUUGCCCUCAGGGGUACACCGAAUGAUUGCAAGAGAUGCGCCUGUCCACUUUUAAACGAGUCGAAUAACUUCAGUCCAAACUGCCAGCUCGACGAUCCUACCGAUAUCGAUAGUGGAUACGUUUGCACACAGUGCCCGAAAGGAUACACCGGCGACCAUUGUGAGAGCUGCGACAUAGGAUUUUUUGGAAAUCCUUUAAUCCCUGGUGACACUUGCGAGCCAUGCCUUUGCGGCGGAGGUCCUUGCGAUCAGGAAACAGGACGCUGCCUGGAGUGCCGUGGCAAUACAGAGGGCUGGAAAUGCGACAAAUGCAAGCAAGCUCAUUACGGAAAUGCGUUGGAACAGAACUGCUUACCUUGCGACUGCGACCCCCUCGGCAGCAAUUCCGUCGAAUGCGACGAGAGCGGCGGUCAGUGUCCCUGCAAGCCUUUGUUCGAGGGUCGUGACUGUUCCUCCUGUAUCGAAGGUUACGGGAACGUGACUGCAGGUUGCCGGGAAUGCGACUGCGACGUGGGUGCCCUCGACGAGGUCUGCGAUCCCGUAACCGGUGAAUGCAGGUGCGCGGACGGCGUCCUUGGCUUCCGGUGCGAUCGUUGCGACGUCGACCAUUACGGCUUGUCCGUGGGAGGCUGCAAAGUUGUGAGUUAA